AUGAAGCGCGGUCGUCAUCCUCAGCGCCUAGAAGGCACCCACCGUCGCGUAGAAUUUGAGGACGACUAUGACAGAGUACACUCUCGAACAUCUGGCAUCGAUCAACGUGGACAUACGUCCUCAUCUGAGUCCAAACCCUUACGCGGCAAAGCAGGUUGGACCCUCGGAAGUAUGUGGAACCCUCCAGAUGAUUCCGAGCUUUCACUCAACGUAGAUGGGAGCGGUUACGAGGACCAGAUGAAUGCAGAAGUGUUUGAAAGUACCAUCUUCCACGACACAAUGGAACCUCAAAAGGCAACGAGGUCAAAAGUUUUGGUGAGUGGCAAGUCUUUGGAAACCAGCUUACGUGCUGAGGACGGUUGGAAGAGGCGGCCACAUUUGGUGUGGAAGGAGCAGUUCAGAUCGGUUUAUCUAGACAAGGUUACUCGCCACGACGGACGAGGAGACGCUCACCAGAGUCUGAAAUGUCCCGACUGUAUCGCUCGGAAUGUUGAGGAAGAGGUGCAGGGAGAGCCGGAGGUUCGGUGUAAGGAUUGUUUUCUCAGUGAUUUGGUCUGCACAUCCUGUUGCAUCCAUCGGCAUAGGCAGAAUCCAUUCCACCGCAUCGAGCGAUGGACUGGGCUUUACUUUGCCCCAAUCAUGCUGAAAGCGAUUGGCUUACGCGUUCAGCUUAACCACCAAAGUUUCCGAUGUCCUCUCCCCAUACCCUGCCAUGUCAAGCUUCGAAUUCUCCAUACCACAGGCAUUCAUGACGUUGCAGUCGAUUACUGUGGUUGUGGCCAGAAGGUGGUGAAGACUUGUGCAACGUUCCGGCUGUUGGAGUUGCUCCACCUCUUUUCCCUUGUCUCCAAAACGUCCACAUAUCAUUUUUAUCGCACAUUAGAGAGAAUGACAGAUAAUACGGGGCUGAAUACACCACCCUCUCGUAAAGCAGCCCUGAUGCGUAUGCUUAUUCAAUGGCGUCACUUGAAGCUGUUAAAGAGAGGUGGGCGAGUGCACGACGUCACUGGACCUGAGGGUACAAAGCCAGGCGAGCUUGCCGUCCUCUGCCCAUCUUGUCCUCGGCCGGGAAUAAACCUACCUCCAGACUGGGAUCAAGCACCUCCCCACUUAAAAUUUUUGUAUAUUUUGCUUAUAUGCAUCGACGCGAACUUCCGGCUUAAGAACCAGAUUGUGUCGUCGUAUUCGAGGGACCCAGGUCUCGGUAUCGGUUGGGCGUACUUCACUGCCCGCGAGCCUUAUGAGGAAUACGUUCAAAGUCGAGCUACAGAUGCAGACAUUAGUAACUGCGUGGAGUUUUCUGCCGUGGCCAAAUCAAACACAAAGUUUUCAAAAGGGCUCCAUUACACAGGUGUGGUUGCGGUGUCCUGCGGAAGAAGUGAGAUGGUUCUGCCUACGUGUGUUGGCAAUACGAAUAAGGGUGAGAGAUACGCCAACGUCGACCCCCUCGCUGCAGCAGCUAUCCGUCAAUUCUCAGAUUUGCUCUGGGUCAUUAUCAGCUAUGACAUUGCCUGCCAAUGGAUCAAGACGAUAUUCACAUGGAUGACCUCACAUUGGCCCUCUGAGCUUCGAUUCAAUCCCGAUAUCAGAGUGACCCCACUGGUGCCAAAGUUCCAUGAACCGGGUCAUAAAGCAGAGGACCACGAACAAUUCUCUUUCAACCUCGCUGAAGGCGCCGCUUUAUCAGAUGGAGAAUGUCCUGAAAGGAUAUGGGCACCCCACAACGUUCUAGGAAACUCAACCAAGACUGCGGGGCCAGGUACGAGGCAGGAUCUGAUUGACGACCAUUUCGGAUUUUGGAACUGGCUCAAAUAUUGCUGCAUGGGGUUAACACUUUGGAAACGCUACAGAGAUGCGGUCUCGGAGCGAAACCGGCAGGAAGAAGCACACAGAGGCUUUAUGCAGAGCUUGCCACCCAAUAUGGUCGCCGAAUGGGAGGAUAUCUGUGCUGCAUGGGAGGCUGAUGAGGUUCCUAAGAUGGUGCUGAACCCCUUCUGUGUUCAGAGCGACGAUUUGACCGAGGAUGAGGUUCAUAAAGAGUUGGCCGAGGAAGAGGAGGCUCGCAGGCGCAAUGGGGGACAGGUGGUUCAUGACAUGAGUCCUUCAGCUUUUAUGGUUUUUGGUUUGGCCCUCGAGGAGUCGCAGCGAAAACUAUGCUUGGAGACAGCUCACAUUGCAGAGCAGCGAAGUCUUCUCCGGUCCAAGAUCAAAAAAUUCGAAGAGUUGCGUGCCACAUACAUGCCUGGGCUCCUGCAGUUUAUUACCGAGACUCAGGAGGUGGAUUAUUCGUCAACCGGGGCAUUAGCGGAGGAGGUGAGACUAUGGCUACCCUCCUGCAUACCUGGUGGAUCGCAGGAGCCAGGUUCGAUUCGCCACAUCUUGCGCUUGAAAAUGCGGAUGGUCAAGUACAAGAACAAGAACGUACGAGGUCAGCGGGACGGAACACGUUCGCGGACGGGCAUCGAUGCCAUUCAUGAAUGGGCACUAGCAGCAGCAAUCAAGUACCGUAUGGCAAGGGAGGCAAAAAUGAAGCUGAGUGGCCCGGGGGAUUGGGAGGAGGGGCUUCAUAAGCUCGAAGAUGGCGAUAUCCGUUCCUAUCAAGAUCCAGAUCGUCUCCAUAAAGGAACAGGUCGCCGAGGAACGAAUGAAGAUAGCUGGGAGCCAGGAUUGGUUCCCGAACUUCCUGAACCCGGCGUCGAUCUGUAUCAAGAUAGUCGAGAAAAACGCGAUGGGACUGGCCAAACCUGGCGUACUCUUUCUUGGAUUUGGACAACGACAAAGAUCAACCUAGCGGAUGGGGCUGAUGAAAACGACGAUGAAGUGCUACGUUCGGAAUGGUGUCGCAGUCGUGCAAGAGCACAUCGGGCACGUGAGGAAGUUUUGCUCCUCCGGGAGGAAAUGUGCAGAACCUUGAGGUUCUUGGAAUGGCGAGGGGAGUGGUGGAUGCAACGGCAGGAUGCGCGUGAGUUAGGCGGUGCACUGUGCGAAGCGGUGGAUGCCUAUGCUCUCAAACAAAGUGACAUACAGCGUCAGCUGGCAGUCAAGUUUUGGGAUCUCUGGUUGACAGCUCUAGACGAUGGACGAAUGGAGAAUGCACCGCGUUCUGAACUGCAUCCCAGCGAUGACGAUGAUGCCAGCAGCGGUGGUGAUAGGGAUGAACAAAACAUCGGGAUUUGGAGUGACGAGGAGGAGGUGGAGCUGGAUGAGGAGGAUUAUGCAGGAUCUCUGAGGGAACAGUGA